GAGCUGCUGCCGGGACGGGGCUGCGGCACAGAGGCACCAUCCCAGGACGCUUGUGGAGCCCACGAGCUGCUUCCAGGAGCUGAAGGUAUCCCAAGGGACCUUUGCAGAGCAAGCAGCCUACUCAGGAGCCGACAUGCAGCAGAAGAUCAGCUCUUUCUUUAAUUCCAUCUUGGAACUCAUCCGUACCAAGCACGAGGAAGGCAUCUUCAACACCGUCUGCCUAGCCGUGCUGCUGGGACUGCCCUUGGUCGUCCUCAUCGCCUUCAUCUUCAUCUGCUGCCACUGCUGCUUCUGCAGACGGAGGAGAGAAGGCUCCAGGAAAGGUGGCCCCAGCAGCAAUGGGCAGCUGCACGCCGAGAGGAACAAGAAGAAAAAGAAGAAGAAGAAUAAGAAGCAGGAUGAAGAGGACCUGUGGAUCUCUGCUCAGCCCAAGCUGCUCUUGCUGGACAAGAGACCCUCCCUGCCCAUCUAGCAGACAGGAGGGUGUU